CAGACUCGGUAUCAGUGAACAUGAAACGAGCUCGUAAGCGUCAAGGAAGAAAAUAGUCACGUAAAACAUCAAGUUCCAAAGGCAUCCGAGAUAGGUAAGUCUGCCACUGCCCGAUGUGCCGUUUUGGAGAAAUGCUAUGGACGAGGAUAAGGAAGUCAGUGGUCUCGAUAGAGAUCCCCUUUCGGAGUCAUACCUGCAAGGCAUAGAGAGGAUCACAGGUAACAAGGAUGGUGCAUUCGGGUUCCAUGUACCCAAAGAGAUUUUAGAGGAACGCGAGAAGUCAUGGGAUAGCCUGUUUGAUAAGUACUCUGAACAAGUAUCUGACGAUUUUGAAUUAAAUCUCAGUAAUUUAGAGCCUGAAGUAAAUGACUGCGAAAUCUAUCUACCAGAGGACCGAGUGCCUAUGCGGAAGCACCCUGCACUUGUGCAAUAUUGGGUGGACACUGGAUUGGCACCAUGUACCGCAAUAAUCAAGAGCGAAGACCUGUCAAGUUCGGGAUCGUCUCUCAGUGAGUGCGAAGUUCUGACUCUACCUCGGUCUCUUGUUCUGGAGAAGGACACUGAGAAAGCCAAAGGUGCUGGUGGUUCGUCGUGUAGUUCCGUUGAUACAGCCGCUUAUAUUUUGUCGAAUGCAAAUACUACAAAGAAAGCAGAUGCUAUCGCGAUUGUAGAGGGUGCUAAGAACUCGGUAAACGUUCGAACGAAGGAUAAUAUCAAGCAGGAAUUAAUUCAAGAACGGUUACCAAGACAUUUGACAAAUGAUGACAUCACCACUAAGAAUAACAAUGUGAUUGAUUUUGAUUCUAACUCUGCCCUUAAGAAGAGUGAAAGUGACAACGUGAAGUCAUGUGAAAUAGCUUUACCGGUAUCAGUGUGUAAUACGGAAGUAAAAAACAAUGUUACUGAAACAGUGGUCAAUGUAGAAGAUUCACAUAACAUAACAUUGACCUUAAAUCAAGAAUCGCAUGAAAUUGAGGAUUCGGAUGAAUCAUUAAUAAUGAGCGUAUCAAAGAACAGACGCAGUAUGCAGGCAAUUAAUAGUUUGCAAACAAAUGGUCAAAGUUCCAAUAACACGCACACCUCCAAUGCAAGUAAGCAUGGAAAAGAAGGAUCUGAUACACAAGCUACAUGUAAUGAUUUGAAUGCAUAUGAAGUUGUACCAAAGGUCACAUUACGCAGGAAAUUAUUUACUGGUCGAGAAUCUCCUACAGAUCUUCUCAUAGCAAAUGGUGGCAGUGGCAGAAAAUCCAAGACAAUUAAACGUGGUAUUCAUCCUGCAUUAGACAGUCCAUAUGCUACACCUAAGAAAAAAAAGAGGCCCAGUAAAUAUAAAUUACAACGUCGAUCAAAAAUUAAAUUGAAACAAAACUCUUUCGUAAUGACUACAACUAAUGGAAGUGACUUACAGGAUUGCAGUAAAAAAAGUUGUAAUGAUAUCAAAGUACGUAAUAAUGAACAGGUUUCUAUGAAUGAUUUCUUCAAUUCUUUAGAUCUUAGGCCAGUUGAAGAGAUAAAUACUGAGGUUCCUAUUACUAAAAACAGUAGACGCGCACCAAUAUUAGAUAUGCAAGCUAUGGAAUUUAUGAUGGAUGGAGAAAAUUCUUUUGCAAAGGGAAAUCAAACCAUUGCCUCCACUAAGAAGAAAACUCCCAAACGAAGAAAAGGUAGUAAACUGGAUAGUCGUAAAUCUCAUCGAAGAACGAGUCAGAGAAAAAUAGCAGCAAUGCUGAAAUGUUAUUCAAAUCUUGGCGUCGAUCUGAAUCCGGUCGUAUUAAUAGAACGUUUGCCUGAACAUCACUCGGACGUUUCCGAUAAAUGUAACGAUAAGACUGAUACCAUUGAAAUGAUUACAAAUGAAGCUGAGGUGAAAUUGUCAGUCCCAGAGCAAAACAGUGCAUGCCCUAGUGAAUUUUUAAGCAACAAUAUUUCUGAUUUAAACCCUGUGAGUCACUUGAACAGUUCUAAGAAUAUGGUGUUUUCUUGUGAAAUUCAAAAUAUAGACCUAGAUACAGUAGACAGCGAUCAAAGCACAAUCCUUAUUUGUGAAUGUAAAAAUGAUGAUACCUCUAAACAUUCACUACGAUGCGAUGCAAUGUCUACAUGUACAGACAGUUCGGAUAGCAUAAUUUUGUUCACGGGUAGUAUGAAAAAAAGGGAAACGACUAAGCGCGGAAAGAAGAAAACAUUAGAAUAUGCAUUACUACAAAAGUUGGAGCCUGUGCUUUUGUUGAAGAGACUGCCUAAGUCAGUGUGCGAUAGAUAUUUGGAAAAGAGUAAAGGAAAUUCAGAGGUGAGUGGUUCUAUAUCUGUUGAACUCCUGAAUUCAAAAGAUGGUUUGGAUGAUUCGUUAUCUCCGAAAACGUUGGCAGAUGAGGGGAAUUUUACUCGAAGCAAUCCUUCACGAUCCCAAUCAAAAUCGGAAUCUCUGGAAGAUAAUUCUACUUCUCCGAGGCAUUUGUCUUCUGAUGUUUCACGAUUAAAUCGGAGUGGUAAAAUUGGAAAGAGUAAAUCGUUGCGGAACACAUUUGAAAGUUCAAAUUCUCGGUCGUUUAAACAUUUAUCAACUGUAGAAAAUUUAUUGCCAAAGGAUGUGAUGCCGAUAACACUUGGAACCCGAUCAGAAUUUAAUGUGACACCAGAACAUACAAGGACUGUGGCAGCAUCCAACGACAUUCUUACAUUCUCAGAUGAGGAAGACAGUUUUACGGAAUUUGUGAAAAGUUGCUGGCCAAAGAAGUUUUCAGAAUCGUCAUUGAAUAUUUCUGCAAAGGAUCAAACGAGAAGUAAGAUUCAAGAGGGAAUGGAUCGGACAUCUAUAUCAAGUAACAAAAGAAUUUUACAAAGUUCGUCGGCACAGUCAAAAAGUAGCACUUCAAGUAAAAACAAGUAUGAAAUGAAUGUGGUUCGUGAAGUAAAUAACGAUUGUCACUCAAGUAAUUUAGAAAAUGACAGAUUAUCACCUAUUCUAUUGACAAGAAAAUCUUUGGGUCAAAAGAUGUCAUCAUAUAAAAGUGCAAGUACCAUCAGUUCCCCGAGAAGUGAUAAGAGUUCAAAUUCAGUAAUCUUCCCAAGUACUGUCAGUCCGAACAAUCGUUCUAUGUCUCAGAUUUCAGGACGAAGUAAAUCAUUGAAAUCGAAUCAAAGUGAAUCAUUAUUUGCAAAGAUACCAUCAGAUGACGAACAUAUGAAAGAAGAAUCAUCUUAUUCUUCUUUAAAGGAUCCUUUGAAACUCUCUGAUUCUGAACCUGAUGCAGACACAGGCAUCGAUAUCCAACAAAAUACUUUUGAUCUAAAGUCUAGUUUAACUGAAAGCAUUGCCAUGAAUGCCAAGAGUAAGAAGGUUUAUUCAAAGGGUUCUCUGAGUGAUACUAUAUAUUUGUCUAGUGACGAGAGUAGGGGUGGAUUGACACAUAAAAUCAAGAAUGAGAUACCGUCUGAAUCCAAGCAAGAUAAUUCAACACCUCUUCAAAACAAGAUACCAGAACGAACAACUGACACAUGGAACAAAAUUGACAAAAGGAACAAUUCCAACGGUAAACGCCGAAAAAUCCGAUCUACAAGAUCUCAGAAGAAACAACGAAGAAAUAAAGAAGAACUUCACCUACUAGAGUCAUCUUCCGAUGAAGAUAGCAUUCUAGAGAUUCCUAAUAUAGCCUCUACGCAUACGGUCAAUACUGAAAGUUCCAACACAUCAGCCACAGAUGUGUUAAAGGCUCUCGAUGACAGUUUAGACGAGGCUGUAAUAGUUCUUAAACUUAAUCCAAGGACAACUCCUUUUUCGAAUAAAUCUGAAACCGAUAUGGAUGAUAUGUCCGAAAGGAAAAGUGCGUUGAACGACAAGAAAUCUUCGGACGUAGAAUCAACGACAUUUAAAACGAAAUAUCUCGAAUUGUGGUUAACCGAGUAACAUAUUUUCCUUGAAAAACGCGAGAAAAAUGCAUUUGUCACAAAACGGAAUAACAAGUAGCAUUGGGAUGUGGUUGCCGUGUAAAAGUAAAAUAUCGAUAACCAGUGGUUGCGUAAAAGUGAAAUAUUCAGCUGAGUAUGUAUCGUGCAGUGUCCAUUUCAAUGUUACUAUUGAUUUGGAUAGAAAUACAUAUCCCAUGAAAGUAUCCCUAUAGCAACGUUGGACAUAUUGUUUUUAGUUGUGACAUUUCAUUCUGUAUAUUCUUACUUUCACGCAACGACCUCAUCC